AUGGUUAUUAAGCGCAAUGAGCCGUGUUAUGUCCUUGGUGUCGGUAUGACCAAGUUCAUCAAACCUAGGGGUAAAGUCGACUACACGGAACUUGGAUUCGAGGCAGGCAUCAAGGCUAUGCUUGAUGCACAAAUCAACUACGAUGAUGUUGAUCAAGGCGUUGCAUGUUAUUGCUAUGGAGAUUCGACCUGCGGACAACGCGUCUUUUAUCAAUUCGGAAUGACCAAGAUCCCAAUUUACAAUGUAAAUAACAACUGUUCAACUGGCUCGACAGGAUUGGCUUUGGCCAGAAAUAUCAUUAGUCAUGGAGGUGCGGAUUGUAUAUUGGUUGUGGGAUUUGAGAAGAUGAAUCCUGGUGUCACGAAUGCGCCUGGAGCUGCACAGAUGUUUGGUAAUGCAGGUCGAGAAUACAUGGAGAAGUAUGGGGCUAAGAAUGAAGAUUUUGCGGAAAUUGCCCGAGUCAACCACGAACAUUCGCAACGAAACCCAUACUCCCAGUUCCAAGAUGUUUAUACUCUCGAACAAAUUAUGAAAGCUCCAAUGAUCCACGAACCUCUCACAAAAUUACAAUGCUGUCCUACAUCAGAUGGAGGAGCUGCAGCAGUUUUGGUCUCUCAAGACUUCCUCGAUGCGCGUCCACAUCUCAAAGAACAAGCAAUUUUGAUUGCAGGUCAAUGUAUGGCCACCGAUGCCCCAUCGCUAUUUUCAAAAUCCGCAAUUGAUCUUAUGGGUUUCGAGAUGACAAAACAUGCGGCAAAGACUGCCAUGGAGGAAGCUAAAGUUACUCCAGCAGAUGUCAAAGUCUGCGAGUUACAUGAUUGUUUUUCGGCUAACGAGAUGAUUGUCAUUGAUGCCUUGGGUCUUUCACCACCAGGAAAAGCCCACGAGAUGGUUAGAGCUGGAGAUAUCACAUAUGGAGGCAAGAUGGUCAUCAACCCCUCUGGCGGAUUGAUUUCAAAAGGUCAUCCAUUGGGAGCAUCAGGAAUUGCACAAUGUGCUGAACUCGUUUGGCAUCUUCGUGGAUGGGCAAAUAACAGAUUGAUUGAUGAUACGAGAGUAGCUCUGCAGCACAAUCUAGGAUUAGGUGGUGCCGUUGUGGUUACUGUGUACAAGCGUGCCGAUGGAAAGACGAAUACUCCUGUUGAUUCAGCUGAAGUUGGAAAGAAAAAUAAAUUGGAUUACAAUCCCGCUAUUGAGGCGAAAGGAUUUACGGAGCAACAAGCUACGAGUGUGAGGAGUAAAACGAGUUCUAGUGCUUGGGCUUUGGGCGAUGUGGAGAAGAAAGUAGAAGCUAGAUUCUGA